AUGACGUACUUGGCCAUCACUUUUGUUGCUACCUUCGUCGCAUCCGCUGCCUUCGCUGAAGAGGCCGCGAAAAACAAGGAUAUCAAGAAAGAUGUGGAAGACGUGGAGGGCCGCGGAGGUAUCCUGGGGGCUGGAGUCGGACUUGGAGGUGUGAGCAGUGGUUACGGCAUUGGAGCGGGGCCUGGUCUGCUAUACAGCAUCCUCGGAGGAGCUGGACUUGGUGGCGUUGGCUUAUAUGGAGGCAAUUACGGCGGAGCUGGUCUCACCGGUUUGGGUCUUGGAAUUGCUGGUACUAAUCUCGGUGGAACUGGAUUUAGUGGAGUCGGACUAACUGGCAGCGGUUACGGUGGGGCUGGUCUCGCGGGGACGGUUCCUGGCGUUCUUGGCAGUGGUCUCGGAGGGGCUGGAGUGGACGGAGUUGCAGUGACGGAUGGUACCUACGGCGGAGCUGGUCUAGCCGGAGCUGGUGUUGGCGGCGCUGAACUUGGAGGUGCUGGUCUUUACGGCACUGGUGUUGAUAGCACCAGUCUCGGCGGCGCUGGGCUUGUUGGUCCGGCCAUCGUUACACCUGGAGUCGCUGGUACAGGAGCCGUGGGAGCCGGAGUCGUGGGCAACCCAGGUCCCAUCGGAAUUGGCGGCGGUCGCGGCAUAGGUGGAGCUUUUGAGUCCAGCUAUGGUUCUUCAGCCGGAGGACACCAAGCUGGGUACGAAGAGGGCGCCUCAGGUCAAAACCAGGGAUCUGGAAGUUUCAACAGUGGUGCUUCUCAAAGCAGGGUGAACGCUUUCAGUAACAAGCAGGGCUACAGCCAGAGCUCUGGGUUCUCGGCCAGCGAGAGCAAGACAUAUGGAUCUGGUUUCAAGCAGGGCUCAUCUGGAUUCCAGAAUGGAGCAUCUGGACACCAGUCGGGCUUUGGACAGACUUCGUACGGGAAAACCAUUGGGGUUGGUGCCAUCGGUCAGCAUUAA